AUGAAACAAACUAUUUAUGAUUCUUUAUUUAAAUAUUGGAAUCAACCUAUAAUGAUUGGGCUUUUAGCAUCUCUCUUAGAUCUGUGGUUAAAAAUUCUUUCUAAUUGGGAUGAAGAAAUUCAAAAUAAAGCAAAAGAAGAAUUGAGGUGUCAAUUUAAAGAAUUAAUUGAUUCAAAUUCAGCCUUACCAAUAUCAUCUCCUAAUAGUUUAAACCAAUCAAAUUUUUCUCAUAAAAAUCGAUUACAUUCUUCUAUUUUCAGUGUAAUUACAGCAAAUUCAAAUUCUUUUUAUGAAUUAGAAUGUUAUUUAGAUCCUACUC